UGCGGGCCCCACCUGACAGCGACCCAUCGGCCACCCCCCUCCUCUCUCCUCGCUGUCUCCGCUGCGGCGAAGACGACGACGACUAGAAGAAGAGGAGGAGCAGUCGCUCGGUCGCUCGCUGCCACCUCCUCCGCCGCCGCCGCCACCAGCCGACGCGAGCGCGAGGCUCUCCCCUCGCCCGUGUAUCUUCUCUCUCUCCUGACCGGACCUGGCCUGGCUGGCGACGACUCGCGACGCCGUAGGUGCGCGUCGCAGAGGGAGGGAGUGACGCGCUGCGGCCUGCGGGUGGUUCUUGGAUUGGGCGUGGUCACCGUCGGGGGUUACCUUUUUCGCUGGCUCUUGAGUGGCCCUGUUCAGGCUCCAAGCUCAGAUCUUUCGAAGAAGAUAGGAAUUUUUUUGGGGGAGGAGGAGGAGCGGUUGCCGUUCUUUGGCCCUCCGGGCAUCCUGACGCCAUUCUUUUUUCUUGGUGCGAUGGGUGCUCGGUAGACUGGUGCAAGCAGGAGGGGAUGGGGAACUGCUUGGACACGGCGGCGGCGGAUACCAACCCUGCCGAUCCAUCAAAAGCAGCGAGCAAGACAAGUUAUUCAUCUUACCCGUCAACUACAAAAAGCGGUUCAUCUUGGACUGUACCUUCUUACAAAGAUCGCAGCGACCUUCCUACUCCUAGGACAGAAGGAGAAAUCUUAUCAUCAUCAAAUCUGAAGGCAUUCACACUAAGUGAACUAAAAAAUGCAACAAAGAACUUCAGGCCAGACAGUCUCCUUGGGGAAGGAGGAUUUGGUUAUGUCUAUAAAGGCUGGAUCGAUGAGCAAACUCUUGCUCCUUCAAGACCAGGAACUGGUAUGGUUGUAGCCGUCAAAAAGUUAAAACCAGAAGGUUUUCAGGGUCACAAGGAGUGGCUGACAGAGGUUGACUACCUUGGCCAACUUCACCAUGAGAAUCUUGUUAAACUCGUUGGUUAUUGCUCAGAUGGUGAUAACCGGCUUCUGGUGUAUGAGUACAUGCCUAAAGGAAGCUUGGAAAAUCAUCUAUUCAGGCGUGGUGCAGAUCCUUUAUCCUGGGGAAUAAGGCUCAAAGUUGCUAUUGGGGCUGCCAGAGGGUUAUCAUUUUUGCACGAUGCGGAGAACCAAGUUAUAUAUCGUGAUUUCAAGGCAUCAAACAUUCUCCUUGACUCGGAGUUCAAUGCAAAACUUUCAGACUUUGGCCUGGCAAAAGCAGGCCCAACAGGGGAUAGAACCCACGUUUCCACACAAGUCAUGGGUACCCGAGGUUAUGCAGCUCCAGAAUAUAUUGCAACAGGUCGCCUGUCAGUAAAGGCAGAUGUCUACAGCUUUGGUGUUGUGCUGCUUGAGCUACUGACUGGGAGGCGGGCCUUGGACAAAUCGAAACCAGUAUCAGAACAGAACCUGGUCGAUUGGACAAGACCCUACUUGGGUGACAAGCGCAGGCUGUACCGCAUCAUGGACAUGAAGCUGGGUGGGCAGUACCCAAAGAAAGGCGCUCACGCUAUCGCUACCAUUGCCCUGCAGUGCAUCUGCCCCGAGGCCAAGAUGCGGCCCCAGAUGUCCGAGGUCCUGGAGAAGCUGGUGCAGCUGCAGGACCCCAAAUACAACGUGACCUCACCUCAGGUUGACACCCGGAGAAGAUCAUCGUCGUCAGGUUCAGUUCCUAGGUCGCCGAUGCGGAUGCAGCCUUCGCCACGGCGCCUUUCCUCUUCAGCUUCGCCAUUGCCGGCUGCAGGCUCACCACUGCCGGCUUGUAGGACUGCACAAGUGCAUUAGGAUGGUUUGGAAUUUGGAAACUCUUGGGUUGUAGCUGUUUGUUACCUCUAGCUGUAUAUUUUGUUUGGCGCUGUGCUCAAUCUGUAGUUGUUCUUGUUUUGUGAGGUUGGAGUUGGAUACAUCUUACUGUUAGACUCUGAUGUAUGUAACAGGGAAUGUGGUUACACCAUUCUGAUGCUUCUUUUUCUUGUUUCCAUAGAUAAACUGGAUGCUUAGAUUUGUGCUGUUGUGCAUGUAUGAUCAGUAUGAAGGUUUCUGGUGGCAUCCAUGAAAUCCAAGAACCCAGUUUGCAGGACUGAA